AUGAAAACCGAAUUCAGUGAUAUGGAUGCUACUGAAAUGAUAAACAGUUUGACAGAAAAAUUUAACACUGAUAAUACGAGUAGAUCCAUACGCGUCCAAAUAUUGACUUUACUACCAUUGAGUUGGAGCGUUCAUAAAGUUAUGGAAGUCAUAGGUGCAAGUGAGUAUAUGGUGCGAGUAGCAAAAAACCUAGUUGCUGCCGAUGGAAUUUUGUCAGUACCUACAAAAAAAACUGGUAAAAUACAAAACCACAAGUCAGUAAGGUUUUGA